GAUACAAUCCAUGGAUGAUCACAUGAUUGAAUGCAACAUCAACAGAGCUGUGGAAGUAGGGACUGUUAUUUCGUUUCUUCAAUAAAACAUCAUGGCAAACGUUAUUAGACCAGGUAAAAUUGCAGGAUUUGGGAUACCUCUCCUUGAUUUCAUAGCAGAUGUUGAUGACAAAUUACUUAUGAGAUAUGGCCUAGAAUGUAACGGUUCAAACCAAGCAACUCAAGAUCAGAAAGGAAUAUAUGAUGAGCUGUCACAUCAUCCUGGAGUUCAGAUCAUCCCAGGAGGUGCAGUUCCUAAUGCUCUAAGAAUCGCCCAGUGGCUUCUGGGCAUUCCUAACAUUACAAUGUCCUUUGGAUGUAUUGGAAAUGAUGCUUUUGGUGAGGUGCUGACUGAUAAGUCUCGAUCAGAGGGAGUUUGUGUGCAGUAUCAGGUCCACACGACAUAUCCGACAGGAACAUGUGCAGUACUGAUUACAGGACAGAACAGGUGCCUGGUGGCAAACUUCGCAGCAGCCAGGCACCUGUCGUCAGAUUUUAUUUUCAAGGAUGAGACUUGGAGCAAUAUCACAAGUGCCUCAUACUUCUAUUUGGUGGGCUACUUCAUCCAUACAUACCCAUCCAUUAGCAGAGAUAUAGCAGACUUCACAAGGAGAGAACACAAAGUAUUAACAGUGAACCUAUCCGCUGUCUAUGUCUGUGAGCAGUCGGCAGAUCUCUUAACGCAGAUCAUAGAAUGUGCUCAGUACGUCUUUGGAAAUGAAGCAGAACUGCAAGCUUAUGCCAAGGCAUCUGGUUGGCAGGACAAUGAGGAAUCGGUUAUGACGAAGAUGAGCAAACUUCCAUCAAAAUCUGGGACCACCCCAAGACAUGUUAUCAUCACGCACGGUUCACAGCCAACUCUAUGGUGUAAUGGUAAAACAGUCCAGUCAUUUGAAGUUCCAAGGAUUUCUGAAGAUAGGAUUGUUGAUACUUGUGGUGCUGGUGAUGCUUUCGUUGGAGGGUUCCUGUCCCAGCUAGCUCAAGACAAGACGAUCGAAGAGGGCAUACGAUGUGGUCACUAUGCGGCUGGACUGUCCAUACAACAGAGAGGAAUGACCAUUAAAGGGUCACCUGACUUUAGAUGACCUUUGCAUAUGUGUUUAUUUUAAAAAAGGGUCAUGUAACUAUCAAUGCUCGGAACUCAUUUAAUGAAUAUUACAGGGUUAUUACCAUUAUGAUCCUUGAACUCAGUUCUUUUAGAGUCAUAAUUUUGCCACUUGAACAACUGCCAGUAUUUAAGAAAGCCCCUAUUUGUGAUAGUCACCCUAGGGUCAAAUAGGGUCACCUACAGACUUAUAUGACUAUUGCCUUUCAUUUUUAUGAUGAAGACAUGAUAUUAGUGACCAUUACUGUUCUAUGAAUGACCAUCGAUGUCACAUAGGUGACCAUUGCUUCUCAUCGAAUGACCAUCACAAAUGUUUGGGUGACCAUUACUGCUCAAUGACUGACCAUCAAUAUCACAUAGGUGACCAUUGCUUCUCAUCGAAUGAACAUUACAAGAUCACCUGUUUGGGUGACCAUUACUGCUCAAUGACUGACCAUCGAAUGACCAUUACAUCAUCACCGAGACUUAGAUGGUCAUUAUUGCUCCUUGCCUGCAAAUGUUGAAUCAAAAGCCUUGCCAAGAAUUAGUGAUCUCGAGAUCACUUCAUAAUGGAAAACUAAAAACUGUGCCUAUUUGGGAAAUGAAACAUUUUUUACUGUGCCAACAAUAUAUCUAAUUUAUCUGUUUAUUUCAUGAGGUGAGUUCAUGUUGAUAAAUUGCUGUAACUUUUACUGUGUACCUCUAUGUUUAUAACGUACUAGUAAUCAUCAAAACAUACCAUUUCCAAGGCAAAUUGUACAUUUACUUUAUGAGAAGUCUCCAUUAAAAUGAUGACACAGUAUUUGAAAUCCUAUCAACAUUGUGUCAAUGUGGUAUGAUAUGAUUUCAUUAAAAAUUAUAUAUUGGAAAUAUUUCAGCCUGUGAAGUUAGUUCCAGAAUGUACUGAGAACACAAUUACCCUAAUGACAAUUAUUCAGUUAAAGUAAACUGGUUUCAUAUUAUGUUUACAUUGUGUAUUUAUGGUUAGAUUUUAUCAAUCAAAUUUCAUUAUGUUUUAGUAUAUUUUGAUACUUUUCUGCAGAUUUGUAUUUUGCAAGAUAAGGCCAGUUUUUACACUGCUGGAUGUGACUUCCAAUCAUCUUACCUACCUCAAAAUUUCUACAGAUUAAAAUUCAAAGAAUAUGAAAUAUAUAGUUUGUACUGUGUUCUUAUUUUCCAGAUGUAAGAUGUAUCUAUUAUACCCUAUCAUGGACCUAUGAAGAGAUGGACGAUUAAUGCGAGCCUUCCUUAGACGCAAUAAUCGUCACCAUCAUCUGAUUAUGUGCAUAGUAAUGAGGAAAUGCAGAUGUUUUGACAAUUGUGAAUGCCAUGACUACCACGGCAUAUCUGAUUAUGAGCAAAAGAACAGUUUCCCUGGUCUUUUUUUUUUGGCUUGUGCCGUU